GUUGUUGGAGAUUGCUUCUUCACUGCACAGUACUUUGCGUGAAUUUUGAGCUUUGUUGAUCCUCCCUCAGAACUGGAGCCUUGUUUGUACCUCCUGUGCUUUUGUGCUACCUGACUUCCAGCCCACAGAGCUUUGGUUAAGAAACAUUUAAGCCUUCAGUGUAAGAGAACUUCAGAGCAGAAGCUAGGCACUGAGCUAGAAGGAGAAGGCGAUGUCUGGAUCGAUCCCAUUCUACCAGAAGCAGCACCGUCACUAUGAUCGUGCCUACCGUAGCCGGGAGGCGGAGUCUACAAUCAGCCAAUAUCAGCAGAGUUCCAGCACUUACUCCGCCCACAGAACCAACACGAAAGGCAUCAGAGAUACCACCUUUGCCUCUCUGGAUGAGACAGGGGUGAGUCCUAAGACAAAGAGAGCCAAGCCCUCCUACCUGGCUGUGGACAGAGAAAACCAGAUUAUAGGCUAUGUGGUGCCCAUCUUCAGGGGAAGUCAGGAGUUUGCAAGUGGUCUGUCAGACACUGAAGAGGCUCAGGCUAAACAGACUGCUGGUUACCUGGCACGCAGGGACCUCUUCUCCAGUGGGGUGGAGUUGGAACGCAUGGAACACAAGUCUCGCAGAACCGUCAUGAGGGAGUCUGCAGAACGCAUUUCCCUCACCAAGAGGAUCCAUGACAACGAAGAGUACCACAAGCGCCUGAACGAGGAUAACCUGAUGCAUACACCGGAGUUUGUGAUCAAGCCUCGCUCACACACUGUGUGGGAAAAACAAUGUGUGCGGCUGCACUGCACGGUUACAGGAUGGCCUGAGCCCCGGAUUGUGUGGUACAAGAACAAUGUUAGCAUUGACCCAAUGGCUCAUCCAGGAAAGUACAAAUUAGUGAGCAGCUACAAUGUUCACUCUCUGGAAAUUAACAGAUGUGACUUUGAUGACACUGCCCAGUAUCGUGUGUCUGCCAUGAACAGCAAGGGGGAGCUUUCAGCUUUUGCCUCUGUCGUGGUUAAAAGAUUCAAAGGUGAAGUUGAUGAGUCUCUCCCAACUCCCAAAAUCUAUAAGAGGUGGUCCGGCUCUGAAGUGCCCUGCCUGGAGUAUGGAGUGACUUUUGAAACACAUAUUGUAGAGAAGUUUGGUGUGUCUUUUGGACGUGAGGGUGAGACGAUGAGUCUGGGCUGCUCUGUUAUCAUUUAUCCAUCACUGCAACGCUUCCAGCCUGAGAUUGAAUGGUACAGAGAUGAUAAGUUGCUGGUGACAUCUAAGUGGGUUCAGAUGCACUGGAGUGGAGAAAGAGCUACGCUUACACUCACACACCUGAAUAAAGAAGACGAGGGGCUUUACACUCUUCGUGUCAUCACAAAGUCAGGCUAUGAGACACACUCAGCCUACGUCUUUGUCCGAGACAGUGAUGCAGAGGUUGCAGGGGCUCCUGGUGCUCCUCUGGAUGUGUUUUGUCAAGAAGCUAAUAAAGAUUAUGUCAUUGUUACAUGGAAACAGCCUGCUGUGGAUGGAAGUAGCGCCGUACUGGGCUAUUUUGUAGACAGGUGUGAAGUUGGCACGUCUCACUGGAUUCAAUGCAAUGAUACUCCAGUCAAGUUCGCCCGUUUUCCAGUUACUGGUCUCGUGGAAGGCCGCAGCUAUAUUUUCCGUGUGCGUGCAGUGAAUAAGUGCGGCAUGAGUCAUCCUUCUCGGGUGUCAGAACCCGUGGCGGCCAUGGACCCCGCUGACCGUGCUCGCAAAGGAGCAUCUGCACCUUGGACUGGCCAGAUCAUUGUUACUGAGGAAGAGCCUGUAGAGGGUGUGGUUCCUUGCAAACCUCGUGAUCUCACAGUUAUUGAGGCCACCAAAAACUAUGUGGUGCUGAGCUGGAAGCCCCCAGGCGACAAGGGAUAUGAGGGUGUCAUGUACUAUGUUGAGAAGUGUGUGUCCGGGACAGACAGUUGGCAACGUGUGAACACAGAGCUUCCAGUAAAGUCUCCACGUUUUGCUCUGUUUGACCUGUCUGAGGGGAAAUCUUACUGCUUCCGUGUCCGUUGCUCCAACUCUGCUGGCGUCGGUGAACCUUCAGACCCCACAGAGCCCACUCAAGUGGGAGAUAAACUGGAUAUUCCAUCUGCCCCAGGCCGUGUAGUCCCCACCCGAAACACAGACACAUCUGUUGUGGUUUCAUGGGAGGCAUCACGGGAAGCUAAAGAGCUGGUGGGCUACUACAUUGAGACAAGCAUUGCUGGAAGCAAUGCUUGGGAGCCCUGCAAUAAUAAGCCUGUGAAAGCCACCAGAUUUGUGUGUCAUGGCUUGACAACAGGUGAAAAGUAUGUUUUCCGUGUGAGAGCAGUUAAUGCUGCCGGAAUCAGUGAGUUCUCACAGGAGUCAGAGGCUAUUGAAGUUAAAGCUGCUAUUGGGGGCGGUAUUCCUCAUGGUGUGUUUCUGGAGUCAGGGGGUAACACAGUUGGACUAACCCAGCACAGGCCAGGGAAGGAGGGCAGGCAUGUGACCCCUGGCUCCCCUGCUACCACACAGCUAACUUCCCUAGCUAGUUUUAGCAAGAGGACUAAUAGUGCAGGCCAUCUGGGUCCUCCAAGUGCACUAAGUAAAGGCAAAGGGGGGAAGAGAUGCAAUGUAACCUGGGCUCCUGAUCCCAGCUGUGAGUUUUAUACUCAAUCUGGCACUAAUGCAGACCCCAAAAUGGCCAGUGAAACUGGCACCAGUUCGAACAUCAAAGUGCCCAAAGAAUCUUGUAGUAAUUUAAAGAACAAUACAGGCUGUAAACAUGACACAAAUUCAGUAACUAAAUUAGAACCUAAACCUGGCAGCAAUUUAGACAUUACAAUGGGCACUGCACUUGGAAACAAUACAGACACCAAUUCAAAUGCUAACACAAACACUUCAAGGCCCACGGCUGAGCAGGUUCCUAAUCACUCUGCUGAUAGAGUAAUGCAACACAUAACCGGACCGGCAAGUGAAGUACAGGAAAAAUGUAAGUCCUCAAUAGACUCUUCCUCGGAGCAAGAGAGAAAAAAGGAAAACGGAAAUGGGCGCAGAGGUUCAGCCUCCCCUGCUCCACCAUUUGGCAUUUCCGUGUUGGAGAGUGUAAGGGAUUCUAUGGUACUAGCCUGGAAGCAGCCAACAUUUAUUGGUGGUGCUGAUAUCGUUGGAUAUUUUGUGGAUUACCGUGAGGUCAUUGGUGGUGUACCUGGAAAAUGGCAUGAGGCUAACAUUAAAGCAGUCAGUGAGAGAGCCUACAGGGUCUCUGAUUUGAAGGAAAACAUGCUCUACCAGUUCCAGGUUCGUGCUGCAAAUAUGGCUGGUGUUGGCUUACCAUCUCUGCCUAGCCAGACCUUUAAAUGUGAAGAGUGGACCAUUGCUGUACCAGGUCCCCCACAUGACCUCCAAGUGCUGGAAGUACGUAAAGAUUCUUUGGUGUUGCUCUGGAAACCACCAGUGUACGUAGGUCGUGAUGAGGUCAAUGGCUAUUACAUUGACAUCAAGGAGGCUGAUGCAGAUUUUGAGAAAUGGAGGGGAGUUAACGAGAAAGCUACAAGCAAAACAUACAUGAAGAUCAAGGACCUAAAAGAGGGAGUAUCAUAUGUUUUCCGUGUACGGGCUCAGAACAAAGCUGGUGUUGGCAAAGCAUCUGAAGAAACAGAACCAGUGUUGGCUGAGACUAAACCAGGUACUAUGGAGUUGCUUGUGGAUGUUGAUGACGAAGGUGUGAUUUCAAUGAACUUUGAAUGUCAGAAUCUCACUGCUGAAUCCAAGUUCAUCUGGUCCAAGAAUUAUGAAGAAAUGAAAGACACUAACCGUUUGACCAUGGAGACCAAGGGCAACAAGUCCAAAGCCAUCUUUAACUGUCCUUCUGAGGAAGAUCUGGGCAUCUACUCCUGUGCUGUUACACACACUGAUGGAGCCUCCGCAAGCUACACCCUGACUGAGGAGGGCCUGAAGGAGCUGCUGAAGAUCAGCCAUGACCACAAAUUCCCCAUUAUUCCUCUGAAAUCAGAGUUAGGUGUGCAGUUGUUAGAGAAGGGUAGGGUUCGCUUCUGGCUGCAGGCUGAGAAGAUUUCUGCUAAUGGCAAAGUUGAAUACGUAUUCAAUGACAACUUGAUCUCUCAGGGAGAGAAAUAUAAGAUGAACUUUGAUAAGAAUACUGGAAUUAUUGAGAUGUUUAUGGAGUCACUGGUGAAAGAGGAUGAAGGAACGUACACUUUCCAACUCCAGGAUGGCAAAGCCACCAACCAGUCCAGCCUGGUGUUGAUAGGAGAUGUUUUCAAACAAUUGCAGAAAGAAUCUGAGUUCCAGAGGAAAGAAUGGCACAGAAAACAAGGUCCUCAUUUUGUGGAGUAUCUAAGUUACGAGGUCACAGCCGAGUGCCUUGUGAGACUGAAGUGCAAAGUGGGUAACAUGAAGAAGGACUCUGUAGCAUUGUGGUAUAAGGAUGGAAGAGAGAUCAAAGCCAGUGAGAAACUAGACUUCGCUGAAGGAGUGUUGACACUGGAGAUUACUAAGAUCUCUAAGAAGGAUGCCGGUGUGUAUGAGGUGAUUGUAAAAGAUGACAGAGGCCAGGACAAAUCCACACUCAACCUGACUGACCAAGGAUUCAAGGACCUGAUGAACCAUGUUUUCAGUGUCAUUGCAAACUCUUCCACUCCACUGAAGAUCCAGAGCAACGAGGAGGGCAUCCGCCUGUACACAUUUGUCAACUAUUACAACGAUGAACUGCUCGUCACCUGGCAACACAAGGAUUCAGCCAUUGCCUUUAGUGAUCGAAUUAAGAGCGGUGUGGUGGGCGAGCAGCUGUGGCUCCAGAUUAGUGAACCAACAGAGAAAGACAAGGGCAAGUAUGCCAUCGAGUUCUCUGAUGGGAAAGGAGGACUGAAGAGAACAAUCGAGCUGGCUGGACAAGCCUAUGAUGAUGCUUAUGCGGAAUUUCAGAGACUGAAAGCUGCUGCCAUUGCAGAACGCAAUCGUGCUCGAGUGGCAGGAGGUCUGCCUGAUGUGGUGACUAUACAGGAGGGCAAGGCCUUGAAUCUGACAUGUAAUAUCUCAGGAGAUCCUGUGCCUGAGGUAACCUGGCUGAAGAAUGAGAGAGAGAUGGUGUCUGACAGCCACUAUGUCCUCAAGUUCGAGUCUGGCAAGUUUGCCAGCUUCACCAUCACCUCUGUGAACACAAGUGACUCAGGAAAAUACAGCAUCUUGGUGAAGAACAAGUACGGCACAGAGAGCAGUGAGUUCACCUUGGAAGUCACAGAGAACAUGGGCGAUCUGGGAGUGGUUUCAUACCUGAAUGAUGAACAUGGCAAUGUGGUGAUUGGGCCCACAGCUUGCUUAUCUAAGCUUCCAAAACCAAACAUAUCAAAACCAGCCAUUUCUUCUACACCAACACCAAAACCUUCUUCCAUAACACCCCUCUCUCCAACAUCAACUACCCCAUCAGAGGAGAUGCCCAAGAAGAAGAUGACAGAUGAGAGAAAGAGGGAGAAAAAGAAAGUGAUGAAGAGGAAAGACUCUGUUAUUCUGAAAAUCCCUGCUGGAGAGGCAGAGUCACAGGAGCUUUCUCCUACAACAACACCUGCUGGAACAGGAACAAUGCCUCUCCCUGAUCCAGGACCUGAGGCAUGAUCAGCUGAUGCAUGAGAGUGAGUGAAGUAGUGAGUGAAGUGAACUAAAAGGAAAUAGCCUAGAUUGUCAGAUAGUAAAAUGAAAAGACAGGAAAAUAACUUUAAUAUUUAACUGGAGACAGAUUUUCUUACUACCAGUGUGCUGAGCACGUGUGCUUGUGUGGUGUGAGGUGUUAAAGGUCACUUGCCCAGUGCUCUGUUAAAUACAUUUCACUACAACAAGCAAGAAUCCCAGUGUGUGCAUGAGUAAAACUGUAUUUCAUUUGAUUCACAUAUUAUUAAAUAAACAGUUGAUUGAUGGUGAAUAA